UCUAGUGAAGGUAACAUGGAGACAAACAAAUUAUUUACUUCAAAGGAGUUAGAGAAGGCAACUGACCACUAUAAUGUAGAUCGAAUCGUUGGACAAGGAGGACUGGGUACUGUCUAUAAAGGAAUGUUGACAGAUGGAAGAAUUGUUGCCGUGAAAAAAUCCAAGAUAGAAGAUGAAAGCAAACUUGAACAUUUCAUUAAUGAGGUUGUUAUUUUAUCACAAAUAAAUCACGGAAAUAUUGUAAAGCUAUAUGGAUGCUGCUUGGAGACAGAGGUCCCUUUACUCGUUUAUGAGUUCAUCCCCAACGGAACACUGAUGCAGUAUAUCCAUGACCAAAAUGAGUACUUUCCUCUUACAUGGGAUGCCCGCGUACGUGUAGCCACAGAAGUUGCAGGAACUUUAUACUAUUUACACUCGGUGGCAUCAAUUCCAAUAUAUCAUCUAGAUAUUAAGUCAACAAAUAUACUUAGAUCCCGAAUAUUUCCAGUCACUUCGAGAUCAAUUUCUAUUGAUCAAACUCACUUGACUACCAGAGUACAAGGUACAUUCGGUUACUUAGAUCCCGAAUAUUUCCAGUCAAGCCAAUUUACAGAGAAGAGUGACGUUUAUAGUUUUGGGGUAGUUCUUGCGGAGCUUUUGACAGGAAAAAGACCAAUUUUGGUAGCUAGACAUGACAAUGAAGCACGAAGUCUAGCAACAAUUUUUUCAAUAGCAAUGGAAGAAAAUCGCCUAGAAAAAAUUCUUGAUUCGCGGAUUACCGAUGAGGGAGCGAAGGAAGAGAUGAUUGGAUUUGCUAACAUUGCAUAUAGAUGCUUAAACUUGAACGGGAGGAGAAGGCCAACAAUGAAAGAAGUUGUCGCUGAGCUUGAGAGUAUCAAAAAUACACAUGGAUCAGCUACUGUUCGACAACACUCUAAAGAGUUUGAAUAUAAAAUAAAUGAACUAAAUGGGUCCUGGGUGUCGGACUUGACUUCAACUUCUUCUCGUUCCACUGUAUAUAAGAGUCUCUCUGUAGAUACAGAGCCUCUGAUGACAAACCAGUGAUACCAAGAUGCUGAAUCGAAAGCAUUUAUAGCGACAUCAUGUUCUAUUUGAACAUUCGAAUAAUGUAAAUCAAGUAUUGAUAUAUGAACUGAUUAUGA